UUAUUAUACAGAUAAUAAAGAUGGGGGAAGGUUUCUGUUUUUUUCUUAAUAGGUGAAGAAAUCUUGAAGACCAGAAAUUGGAUCUUAUUGAAUUUUGGUGGUUUUUUUCUUUUUUCUUUUUUAAUUGUAUCGUUCGGCUAUGGAAGAUGGAUCUUAUUUUUUUAAUAACCCUUUGACUCUCAAGUUCAUCUUUAAAUGAACUUUUUUGUUUUUUGUUUUUUGUUUUUGAGGAGAUAACUAACCUAGCUGUCUCCAGUCUGACAAAGGUUAUUUGAAUGGACUUAAUCUCCCAGUAGUUGGGAGAUGUUUUAAAAACACGUCCUGUGUUUGAAUUGUGGCUGAGAGGUUUCCUUGGCAAUGUGAGGAGGAAAAUUUUUUCUGCCUCAUUAUUAUUAAUUCAUGGAUUGAGUGUUGGUUCGACCUACAGGCGUAAUAGAUUGGAACUCAGUGAAGACACAGACGUUCCUGUUGAGAGCAACCAGCUAAUGAUUACAUUUUAAAGACAAUUUCUGUGACUGAGUUGUCAUUUGGAAGAUAAAACCCAUCUCAAGAGGACUUCGAGCUGGUCCUCGCCUUGAGGAAGCGGUGGCUUGUUUCAAGGAGCCACUUCUGAUCUGAGAAUCUACCCAGCAUGCCUAAUCAAGGAGAAGACUGCUAUUUUUUUUUCUAUUCUACAUGUACCAAAAAAAAACGCAGUGAAAUACCUUGUUAUUGGGAAAAUCAGCCAGUGGGAUGUCAAAAACUAAACUGCGCUUUCCAUCACAACAGAGGACGUUAUGUUGAUGGUCUCUUCCUACCUCCAAGCAAAACUGUGUUGCCCACUGUGCCUGAGUCACCAGAAGAGGAAGUGAAGGCUAGCCAACUCGCAGUUCAGCAGAACAAACUGUCUGUCCAGUCUAAUCCUUCCCCUCAGCUGCGGAGUGUUAUGAAAGUAGAAAGUUCCGAAAAUGUUCCUAGCCCCACACAUCCACCAGUUGUAAUUAAUGCUGCAGAUGAUGAUGAAGAUGAUGAUGAUCAGUUUUCUGAGGAAAGUGAUGAAACCAAAACACCUACCCUGCAACCGAGUCCUGAAGUUCAUAAUGGAUUACGAGUGGCUUCUGCCCGGAAACCUGGGGUCAAUUUAAAGCAGGGUGAAUGUUUGAAUUUUGGAAUAAAAACUCUUGAGGAAAUUAAAUCAAAGAAAAUGAAAGAAAAAUCAAAGAAGCAAGGUGAAGGUUCUUCAGGAGUUUCCAGUCUUUUACUCCAUCCUCAGCCCAUUCCAGGUCCUGAAAAAGAGAAUGUCCGGACUGUGGUGAGGACAGUAACUCUGUCCAGCAAACAAGGAGAAGAACCGUUGGUUCGAUUGAGUCUUACCGAGAGACUAGGGAAACGAAAAUUUCCAGUAGGUGGUGACAGUGAUCUUCCAUUAAAGCGUAGCCUUGCACAGAGGCUAGGGAAGAAAGUUGAAACUCCAGAAAUUAACACUGACAAAACACCAAAGAAAGUUCAAGUUUCUAAGUCUCUGAAAGAGCGAUUAGGCAUGUCAGCUGUUCCCAAUAAUGAGGAGGCAACUGAGAGAGUUAAUAAAGUUGGUGAGAUCCACGUGAAGACUUUAGAAGAAAUUCUUCUUGAAAGAGCCAGUCAGAAACGUGGAGAAUUGCAAACUAAACUCAAGACAGAAGGACCUUCAAAAGCUGAUGAUUCUACUUCAGGAACAAGAAGUUCUUCCACUAUCCGAAUCAAAACCUUCUCUGAGGUCCUGGCUGAAAAAAAACAUCGGCAGCAGGAAGCAGAAAGACAAAAAUGCAAAAAGGAUGCAACUUGCAUCAAGCUAAAGAUUGACAGUGAAAUUAAAAAAACAGUGGUUUUGCCACCCAUAGUUGCCACAAGCAAAGGACAAUCGGAGGAGCCUGCAGGUAGAACAAAGUCUAUGCAGGAGGUGCACAUCAAGACACUGGAGGAAAUUAAACUGGAGAAGGCACUGAGGGUGCAGCAGAGCUCUGAGAGCAGCACCAGCUUCCAGCCUCAACACGAAGUCAACCCGGGGGCAAGGCGGUUGCUCCGAAUCACCAAAAGAACAGGAAUGAAGGAAGAGAAGAAACUUCAGGAAGGAAGUGAAGUUGCUUCUCAGAGCAGUGUUCCUAGAACAGAAGCCAAAGAGGCUUCAGACGAGACCACAGGAGUUGACAUUACUAAAAUUCAAGUCAAGAGAUGUGAGACCAUGAGAGAGAAGCACGUGCAGAAACAGCAGGAGAGGGGAGCCUCACAGAAGGAAAAGUCAGUCUUGACACCCCUUCGGGGAGAUGUAGCCUCUCGCAAUACUCAAGUGGCAGAAAAACCGGUGCUCACUGCUGUGCCAGGCAUCACACGGCACCACCUGCCCAAGCGGCUUCCCACAAAGUCAUCCCAGAAGGUGGAGGUAGAAACCUCAGGGAUUGGGGACUCAAUAUUGAAUGUGAAAUGUGCAGCACAGACCUUGGAAAAAAGGGGUAAAGUUAAACCCAAAGUAAAUGUGAAGCCAUCUGUGGUUAAAGUUGUGUCAUCCCCCAAGUUGGCCCCCAAACGCAAGGCGAUGGAGGUGCAUCCUGCCGUCAUUGCAGCUGUGAAGCCGCUCAGCUCCAGCAGCGCGCUCCAGGAAAGCCCGGCCAAAAAAGCAGCUGUGGCUGUUGUCCCAGUCCUCUCUGAGGACAAAUCAGUCACUGUGCCUGAGGCAGAAAAACCUAGAGACAGUCUUACACUGCCUCCAACCCAGUCUUCUUCAGAUCUCUCACCCUCAGAGGUAUCUGGCCCCUCCUCAUCCCAGAUGGCCACAAAAACUCGCCGACUCAGCUCUGCCUCGACAGGAAAGCCCCCGCUCUCCAUGGAGGAUGAUUUUGAGAAACUAAUAUGGGAGAUUUCAGGAGGCAAAUUAGAAGCUGAGAUCGACCUGGAUCCUGGGAAGGAUGAAGAUGACCUUUUGCUUGAGCUAUCAGAAAUGAUUGACAGCUGAAGGUGGUAGUGAGAACACUUUAAAAAAAAAAAAAAACUCGCCAAAAAACUGGACUUAGUUUCAUCUAUUAUAACAUUUAUCUGAGAUGAUCAUUUCUUUAGUCUAGAAUUUGCCCCAUAUCAGAAGUAUACCUCUGAAUUAUCUGUCUGUGUCCUGGACUCGUUGGGGUCAGGUUUUUAAAGUCACUCGAUAACCCUUUUGUCCAUUUGAUGCCAUCGUUUAGUAUCUUUGAGAAAAAAGUUCUGUCAUACCCUUCUUUCCGCAAAAAAGAGACUGAGAAGGAGAUCUAAGUGAAAGGGUGCUGCAAGAGAACUUAGUGACUCCUUGAGGUGUUUGUCAGUUUUGGCUUUUUCCCCAUUCGUUGUAUUCUUUCUUUUAUGUAUUGUCUUAAUGUACUUAAUAUUUACCUGAGUUUGAAAUGGAUGAAGACAGCUGCUACCAUUAAGGACCAAAUUUCAUGCUACCACUAAACAAAAAAACCGACUCAGUGUGUGUUAAAUUGUAUGUCUUUUUAAAGGUAAUUGGAGCGUCAACUAAGCUUUAAAGAGGGCUGAGCAGCUCAGGAAACCAAUAAAAUGGACAUAACUCUUUGAACCUGAUUUUGAUGCUUCCGCUGCUCAGCCUCUGAAGAGCAAUAUCUAAUUUAUUAUUACUGUAAUUUUUUAAGGCUUUAAAGUGCCUCAGGGGUCCCCUGAAACUAAUUUUCUAUUUCUGGGACUCUCUGGAUUCAUUAGAAGAGAUGGUGAUGUGGUUAGAGAAUUUUAUUUUUUUUUAGUAUGAAAAUUGUCCCUUCUCUUCAAUACUUGCCUCCUACUGGCAUUGAAUUGUCACAGGGACAAAAAUUGGUUAAUUUUUUUAUUUCUAAUUCUCCCAGCAAACUCCUUGCCCAGUAUUUAUUUGGUGCCCUUUAACUACCUGAGGGACAAAAAUGAACUCAUUUGAACUGCCAGUAUUUAUCUUUGGACCAUAGCAGUACACUGAAUUGUACUGUAGCAGAGUUAUUGAGAUGCUCGGGGGUGUAUUGUAUACCUGCCAGUUUUCUUCAUUUCUGAAUUGAAUUUUCUUUUCUUGAUGUUAGUCUCCUUCACCUCAAGGUUUAGACAUGUGAAGGAACAAGCAUGAUGGGGCUAAUAGUCUUAAAGGAGACAUUGUACACAAUCAGGAGGAGGAGAAAAGAAGGACUUGUCCAUUUUGAUAAUUUUGCUGUAGGUGGCCAGUUUCGUUUCUCAUAGGGAAAUCUGACCCACCUGUCAUGUUGGCUCCUAAGGAACUGCUGUUGUAAGCGGCUCAUCAAGAGUUGAACUUCAUGUAGCCUUGUUGGGAAUAUGGAAAAGGAGGAAAGCCACAGGACUGCCAUUCAGUCUUGGGAAGAUCCAGAUGAUUCUGCACAAGCAAAAAUGACUUGAAAUUUAUGUAUAGACACACCUCUACCAAUCCAUCUUCAGCUGACUGAAUGUUGUAUGAUAGCCCUUCUCCAAAGCAGGGGUGGAAUGUUCUGGUUUCACCACAGAUUUUCUACUCAUUUGAUUUUUGGAAUCAGCUUAUAGAUUCCAAGUCCCUUUUGUAUAUAAACUUUAUUCUUUUGCUUUUUUAAAAAUAAUUUUGUUUCAUAUUUAAAGCACUUGUAUUAGUCAAUGAUUCGUGUUCAGCAUCAUUUGAACCAUUUGCCCUUACAGAAAUACGUAUUUGUGUUUUAAAUAAAACUGGUGUAGGAACGUC